AUGCCACCCAAGUUGAAAGACCCCGGAAACUUCUCCAUCCCUUGUGCUAUUAAUAAGAUGCAAAUUGAUAAUGCCUUAUAUGACUUAGGAGCUAGUGUAAGCCUAAUGCCAUAUUCGGUUUAUCAAAGAUUUGAAAUAGGGGAACUCUUACCUUCUAACAUUACCUUGCAACUAGCCGAUAGGUCAAUCAAGUUUCCAAAAGGUAAAGUGGUAGAUGUUCCAUUGAGGGUUGGGAACUUUGUGUUCCCGGUGGAUUUUGUUGUUCUAGAAAUGGAUGAAGAUGAUACCAUUCCUAUCAUUCUAGGUAGACCCUUUCUUGCUCUUGGGUGCUAUGAUAGAUGUCAAGUGUGA